AUGUCGUCAGCGUCUGAUAGUCAGAAUCAAUCCAUGAGUUUUGGAGACGUCUCAUCGGUAAGUUCUUUCUUCUCCUCAUCUGUUUCAACUUUGCCUUCCCCAAGCCCUCGAAAAACCUCAAAAGCCUCUGUCCCAACCAAAACUCUGCACGACAGAGCAUCCUCCACCUCCCAACGACCAUUUCAGUCGAAGCCCACCAAAACACCCACAAAACGUUCUUCCAAGACCACCCAACAACCCAAAACCACCCCUCAACCAAAACCCAAAACCCCUUCAAAACCAAGGCAGCGUCCAUCGUCAUCCACAGCUGCCAAUAAGCCAUAUACCAAGCCCACCCCACCACCAUUCAUUCCAAACAUCACUCCGGUGGGUGCGACGCAUGACCCCAUCCCAGCCUACCUUUAUAACGCCCCAUCAUCAGCCGUGCGUCCACCACCUCCACUGUCAAUCCAACCCUUGGCCACCAUCUACCCAGUUGAAGCAGACACGUCCAGCCAACCACCGCGUUCACCCAUCAUCAUCUCAUCCCCUUGGUUGCCACAUACCCCAUCAGGCACCCCUUCAUUUACUCCACCUAGGCCCAGCUCUGACAAUCCUAUGUCAGAGCGUAACCUUGAAGAGUUAGUAGAAUUGGCUUGA